CACGUGAUUUAGUUGCUAUCGAUCGCAAUCCAUGAGAUGGGUUGAUAUUAGAUAUUUUUAGAUCCCUCAUCACUAGCCUUCGGUGCUAAUUCCUUCUUGUUCAAAGCUCAACGUAUUGAGACCGGUUUGGAAAUAUAUGGCAACGGACCAGUAUUCAUGAAAUGAAGCUCAGUGUUAGGAAUACUCUAGAACAUUACCAAACCCCUAUCACGAUAGAUUGGGAAGCGCGUAACAACCGCCAAAACUCUAAGGCAUUACAAUGUUGAUUGCAUAUUUUAAUAAACCAGUUUGAUAAAAACACUGUCAAAAAACCCAACUGAAAACCUGUUUCAAUCGAAGCUGGACUCCACCAAGCUCGAAUAAAUGCUCAAAAGCUGCUGCGAAUAGUCACACAAUCUGUUUGUAGCAGUGGAAGAGUGAAGACGCAAUAUUUUGGAGAAAUGGCGCGGCAGUUGCUGGGUCUGCUGAUACUGUCCAGUGUGCUUUUGUGUGUGGUCGCCCAAUCGCUCGGACCGAAUCGUUUAACGUGCGGCAAGCGAAGGGUCAAGACGAUCCAUCUGGUUCAAAAUGGAAUCGACGCAAAGCCGGGUCACUGGCCGUGGCAUGCGGCAAUCUUUCACCGCAAGGGCGAUCAGUUGGAUUACGCGUGUGGAGGAUCCAUCAUUGACGAGAACACCAUUCUCACGGCGGCUCAUUGCGUUUUCCUUGUGAAUGGGCUACUGCCCGUGAGUCGGAUUUCGGUCCACCUGGGUCGGGUUCAUCUGAAGGAGGUGAGCGAGUUCGUGCAGGAGCACACGGUGCAGGAAUUGAUAGUGCAUCCCGGAUACAAUUCGAGUAGAUUCGUGAACGAUAUCGCACUGAUCAAGCUGACGGAGAGCAUCACGAUGAGCGAGUUCGUGCAGCCCGUUUGUCUGUGGACGAUGGAUAAAAACCAGGAGCUGAUUGUGGGCAAAACCGGUACACUGGUGGGCUUUGGUCUGAAUGAGCAGGACGUCGUGUCGGAGCAGCUGAAGCAAGCGUCGAUCGGUGUGGUGGACGCGCUGACAUGCAUCAAGAGUGAUCGUUUGUCGUUCGCCAAUCAGCUUACGGCGGAGAUGUUCUGUGGCGGCGGCCAAUCGAACGUGAGUGCUUGUAAUGGGGACAGUGGUGGGGGUUUGUUCUUCAAUGUAGAGGGCAAAUGGUUUGUGCGGGGCGUAGUAUCGUUCAUUCCGGUCCGCCAGCGGACGGGACUGUGCGAUCCGUCCAAGUACACGGCCUAUGCCGAUGUGGCCAAGUAUUUGGGGUGGAUCGAUCAGUACAUCGAUCGGCGCGUGCUCGUGUUCGAUACCGACGAGCUGGAGGUGGAUUACGAGGAGAAGCUUCCACUGUUCAAUCUAAACACUUGUGGUACGAACAGUGAAACGGUGCUGGCCACUGGACAACCGGCUCCCCUGCCUUGGCUUGGGUUUGUUCUGACGAAGGAGAAUAAGGUCAAGUGUGUCGUUACACUCGUCAGCGAAUGGUACGUGGUGGGCACGGCAAGCUGUUUUGAAAAGAAUGAGAAAGAUUUGCGCAUUUUGUUUGGUGGCUAUGAAGAUUUACUCGAGCAAAAGUGCUUCGAGCGUAAUGGCACAACGAUAUGCGCGUACCCAACGCAAUCUCGCUCGAUCGGAAGAGUAGUGGCCCAUCCCAGGUUUAGCAAAAAUACUAUCAACGACAAUAUAGCGCUGAUUGAGCUGCAAAGUCCCGCCGACACGACGCAACCUCACGUGAAGCCCAUCUGUUUGCCUGUAACGCCAACGCUGUAUACCAACCAAACAGAGAACUUUUCCGUCCUGGCGUUCAGGUUGACCACCGGGACAAUCGUUGAUCAGUCGGUGAACCAUGUAGAUCCUGACUUUUGUAAAUCCGUACACAUCGUUGCCGGAUUUGCGAUCGAUAAUGAGGAGAAGAGCUUCUGUGUGUCAGUUCCGGAGGAGGAUGUUGCAAACUGCGACAGUCUGCUCGGGCAGGGUGCUCCACUACAGGAGCAUGUGAGUAUGGUCGAUGCUGGCGAGCGUUACGUACUGCGAGGAUUCGACCUGCUCGGGCUAACCUGUGCCGGAGACAGCACCAUACCGGUUUUGUACGUGAAUGUGUACUCCUACCUCGAUUGGAUGCUGUACAACAUGCGAUACAACGAAGCGGUAAACGAGGACGAGCAGGAACUGAUCGCGAAUGCAACGCUCGCAAAGUGGAAAGAGCGUCAGCAGGCUGUCGGUAGUGAAAAGCUAAAGCUCUUCAACAUGGAAUCCUGUGGCCAGAAUGUGGUGGAACCGAGGGGUACCGGUUCGAUCACACUCAUUCCGUGGAUCGGAACGCUGAAAACCGUGGAAAAUCCCGUCAAGCAAAACACGGUGCCAGAUGGUUUGGUUGUUUUGAUCAACGAACGUUACGCGCUGACGUCGGCAAACGUGUUUCGUCCCGAUGUACAAUGGCGAUCGAUUGUGCUAGGGUUCAAUCACUACAAUCCAGUUCUGGAGAUUGCCUGCACAUUUGGAGUGUGCGAUCGUCCGUACCAGGCGGUGGAGAUCAAGCAGAUCACCAUCCAUCCACAGUAUAAUGGCACAUAUAACAUCCACAACAUCGCACUGAUCGAGCUGGUAGAACCGGCCAACGUUACCAAGCAUUACAUCAGCCCGAUCUGUAUGCCACUGAUAGAGGAGUUUCGAAACAGUACGCCCUUCGAACUGGUAGUGCCAUCGUACAUUUACCACGAGCAAAGCACCCAGCUGGAGCCACUGGAUCCGCUCAACUGUCAGGAACGAUUUGCGCAACAGAACGCCGCCAUUACCUUGAACAAUCGGUCACGUUGUGCCGUUGCGCUGGACAAGGAAGCAAAGGAGCCGGCGGCGUUAAAGGCAGGCGCUCCGCUACAAACGUUACUGCGGGUUGGAAGCGAGAAGCGCUAUUUUCUAAGCGGAAUGAACAGUUUUACGGAUCUCGUUAACUACCACAAUCCAGGCUAUCCGUAUCUGUUUACCGAUACCAAUGCGUACCUGGACUGGAUGCUGGAAAACAUGCAGCUUGAUAGCACUGUAUUGCCGGAUUCCUAUGUGGAGCAGGUGGAUCCUUCUCCGACUCGAAACACAUCUAGAAGAAGGCUGUUCAAUUUUAAAACUUGCGGGGCUUAUACCAAGGGAUCCAGCGCGAACGCAACGUACGAGACGGAGCCGUGGCAUGGAUUCGUGCACGAAUGGAUUGAGGCGUAUAAUUCGACCCUUUUUACCAGAUGUACCGUUGUGCUGGUGAGUGAAUGGUACGCGAUUGGUGUUGCGAGCUGCCUGAAACAAGAUGCCAAGCUUUGGGUGCAGUUCGGUGGCUACGUUGAGUCAGAUUCAGGCGAUAAUUGUUGGGACGCGGAUGGCACGACGUUAUGCCGGCCUAAGACGCACCGGAUUGCAGUGGAGAGGAUCAUCGUUCAUCCACAAUACAACAGAACCGGAUACACGGACGACAUAGCGCUGGUUCAGCUAGCAACUCCAGCAGACGUAUCGCAACCUCACGUGCAACCGAUCUGCCUGCCGAUUCUUGACGAAGUUCGCAGUUACGCUGUGUCCAGCAUGGCGACGGUCACUUUUGGCUUAGCGCAUGGUUCGUUCAUCACGAGCAAGGUGGAUCGCACCCGGUUUGUCCCGCCUGCCGAAUGUCAACGGCGCUGGAAUGGAAUGGCGUUAAGUUUACAGAUCGAGCGCACGAAACAAUGCAACCUGAUGGUGCGAGAUCCACAAAACGAAUGCUACCCUGUUAUGCCGGGCUUUCCAUUGCACACAACACAACAAUUGCUAGGAGAGCAGCGUCACUUUUUAAGGGGGUUACUCGCUUUGCGACCAGAGCUGUGUAGCAGUUACUAUCCUGCUAUCUAUACCGAUGUGGAUGUGUAUCUGGACUGGAUACUGGAUAGCAUGGAUGAGCGACUAGGGACCUCCAAACUGCCUUAUAACUUGACAGAACACUUAAUUUUCAUUCAAAAGUAGCAGGUAGGUACUUUAAAAUUAUAAUUUAAGCCUCAAAUUCGGUGGCAUUUCAAGUCGUCUGACAAAGUUCUACGUUGCAACGUUCAGAAAGAUCGAGGAAUAAACAGCACGAUAAAACAAAACAUGCACAAGUUGGUGCUAAUCAACAUAAUUUAUCUUUCGUCGUUUCUACAGCACAGCUUCCUGUCACAAAAGUUCCCCCCUGAAAAAAACACAAACAUCCUGCCAGCAGCUCCCGGGCGUUACGAGUUUUCCGUCUAGACGGAGCAAAUGGUCUUCUGUCAGUACACUACCUUUUCUGUGUUUGAUUCUGUCUCAGUCACCCCUCGACUCUCGACGAGCGGCGACAAAGAAACAUUAGCACGAGGUUUGAUGUCCGUGGAGUGAUUCACAAAACGUGCAACUCCGCAAAGCGAAGAAGCACAACUUUUGUGAAGCAUUAAUUUAUGUUACCGCCAUUAUUAUGAACCGCUCGACAAAUCGAAUCAAUUUGUUGUUGGCCCACCUGAGCGAUGUGUGUGCAGCGGGGCUCACAAACACAAAGAAGUCUACAUUCAGGCACUCGUUCGCUGAUUUUUUUUCACUUCUUUGUUUGUCCGGAAAAGCAAGCCUCAGCAAUGAAAUCGAUCGGUUAACGGAGGGGUUGAUAUCAAUUUACCCUCCCGGACGAAAUGUGUUCCCAUUUCAGUUUGAAACUGAGCGGUCACGACGUGCGAGCGAUUUUGCACGUGAAAGGUGAGGAGAUUAUUGAUAUUGUCGAAGCUGGUGCUCCAUUUUCGAACCGAUUUCCCCUGCCACACUAAGCACUGCACGAUGCGAUUCUUUUUAAAGAAAGGUGCUCUUUGUGGCUUGAAACUAAAGGGGCAGCAGGUUCGGCUUUGGGUUGAACUUCUUCUCCCAAACGUUGCCCUGAACGGAGGACGCUGAAGGUUAAGCUGGUGCUGCGGUGAUGCAGUUGCAAGAGUUUCUCAUCUUGCCUCGAUCAACGAUGGCAGUGAUGUUGGUGAACGUGCUUCAAUCAAGAACGUCUGGUAGUUGGAGGGAAACGAUGCGGAACAUUGGUUCACGUGCCGCACGUACUCCAAAAACGCACGUCACAUGAAAACGUGUGCACGGGAAAAGGGAAGAGAUUGUCUUACGGGUAGAACGGCUCUAUUAAAAACAUAUCCUUUGGCUU